AUGACUAUGGACGUGUCCUCUCCCCGUAAUGGCUCUAAAUCAGAUGCCUCGAGUGCCACAGAGGACGGCCCUACUCCUCUGGUCGGUUACACUGUGAAGCCUCGUCAAGACCAUCUACUUCAACGGCGUUACUUCCCCAGCAAGAUCGGUGGCUCUCCGGCGUGGCUCGAUCCGGAGCUUUUGCCAGCGGGAGAUCUCACUUGCGAUAACUGUGAUCAACCGCUGACCUUCCUGGCUCAAGUCUACUCUCCUGGGGAGAACGACGCCGCGUUUCAUCGGACCAUAUAUGUAUUUGCUUGUAGGAGCUGCCCGGGGUCGUUCAGAGCGUUGCGGUCACAACUGCCGUGGAACAACGCCUACUAUGCCCCUAUCCCGGCCUCAGAGGACGACACUGCUGUGGAUGACGAUCUUAUUACGUCUAGGAGUUGUUCUUUGUGUGGUCUCCCACGUGAUGUUGCUGAGUGUGACGGUCAAGGAGUGCAUGUGGCCUGUCGGAAGGGACUUGAGAGUCGAUGGAAACUGCAGAUUGAUGAAUUCGGUUUGUCCAUUGACGAGUGCGACGAGGAAAUGACCGACAGCGAAGGUGACGUUUCGGAGUCCGAUCUAGUUGGAGACGAGAGCCACUUACUCGAAGAGUAUCAGAGGAAGGAUGAGAUGAUGGACGACUCGGAGGUAGAGGCAUUCCAAGAACUCUGUCCGGAGAUAGAUGCUGAUGAUGAAGCCCAUAAGGACUUUGAGAUGCUCGCUAAGGCUAACCCUGGUCACGUCAUCUACUACUGCCGUGGUGGAGAGCCGAUGUGGUUGACGUCUAUGGGCAAGCAGCCUAGUAUGCCGACACGCUGCCAACUGUGUGGUGCACCGCGGGAGUUCGAAUUUCAAAUCCAACCACAGCUCGUGUACAAGGCGUCUUGUGAUUUUGACUUUGGUGUUGUUGUCGUCUACACAUGCAGUGCUGACUGUGCAAUACAGGGAUAUGCUCGAGAGUUCACGGCUGUGCAGGACGAGCCGGAGGAGUGGUUGGCGGCGAAUCAAGAGAGGCAAGAAGUUGCGGAGAUUCCGGUAUCAUCCCGUCGAUGA